AUGGCCAUCAGGGAGACUGACCGUCACACCAUCUAUGCGGGCAAGCCCCAGCCCUCGUCAGAUACCUCGGCCGGCCACAUCGACUCCCUCGACCCGUCCACCGGCAAGCCCAUCUGCAGGGUCUACUCGUCUCCAAAGUCCUCCAUCGACGCCGCCAUAAAGUCGGCCCAGGCGGCCUUCCCCUCAUGGGCCGCCACCCCGCCCAUUGAGCGCGCCCGGAUCCUCCAGCGCGCCGUCGCCCUCCUGCGCGAGCGCAACGACGACCUCGCCGUCAUCGAGACCCUCGACACCGGCAAGCCCUACUCCGAGACCUCGACGGUCGACAUCGUCACCGGCGCCGACGUGGUCGAGUACUUUGCCGGGCUCGUCGCCAGCGGCGGGCUCAACGGCGAGUCCUUCCGCCUGCGGCCCACGGCCUCCGUCACCACCUCCAAGGAACCCCUCGGCGUCUGCGCGGGCAUCGGCGCGUGGAACUACCCGAUCCAGAUCGCCCUGUGGAAGUCGGGCCCCUGCCUCGCCGCGGGCAACUGCAUGAUCUACAAGCCCAGCGAGUACACCCCGCUGCACGCAGAGUACCUCGCCGACAUCUACCGGCGCGCAGGCGUGCCCGACGGCGUGUUCAGCGUCGUGUACGGCGCGGGCGAGGUCGGCGGGUAUCUCACCUCGCAUCCGGCGAUCGCCAAGGUCAGCUUCACGGGCCAGGUCAGCACCGGCAAGAAGGUUGCGGGAUCGGCGGCAGGCGGCAUGAAGUACGUGACGAUGGAGCUCGGCGGCAAGAGCCCGCUCGUGGUGCUCCCCGACGCCGAGGUGGACAAGGCCGUGGACGUUGCCAUGAUGGCCAACUUCUUCAGCACCGGGCAGGUGUGCACCAACGGCACGCGGGUGUUUGUCCCGCGCGCGAUGAAGAAGGACUUUGAGCGCGUGCUGCUCGGCAAGAUGCAGCACGUCCGCGCGGGGGACCUGUUCGACAUGGCGACCAACUUUGGCCCCCUCAGCAGCCAGCCGCACCAGAGAAAAGUCCUCGAGUACAUCCGCAAGGGCAUCAACGAGGACAAGGCCACGCUGCUCGCGGGCGGCGCGGACGGCGCGCCCGAGGGUGUCCCAUCCAAGCUCCGGGGCGGGUACUGGGUCCGGCCGACCGUCUUUACCGACUGCACGGACAGCAUGGCGAUUGUCAAGGAGGAGAUCUUUGGGCCCGUCAUGUCGAUACUGUUCUACGACAGCGUCGACGAGGCCGUGACCCGCGCCAACGCGACGGAGCUGGGUCUCGCGGCGGGCGUGGUCGGGCGGGACAUUGACGCGUGCCACCAGGUGGUGCAGGGGCUCGAGGCGGGCAUCACCUGGGUCAACACGUGGGGCGAGUCGCCGGCCGAGAUGGCCGUGGGCGGGUGGAAGUCGAGCGGCCUGGGAGUGGAGAACGGGCGUAAAGGCCUGGAGGCGUGGGUGCGGAACAAGAGCACGCUGGUCGAGAUGGGCGGCGAGGUUGCGACAGUGUUUGCGAAGCUGUAG